AUGGCUUGCGGAUCGGGGUGCUGCAGCCCCCAAAACGACCAACCCGACUCUUCAGAGUCCAAGCCCUCACCGACCCCUACUGGAUCUAACCAUGAGGUCGAGGAUGCCUGCAACGAUUCGGUUCCUUGCGCUGGAUUGACCGAAGCCCUGGAUGAAUGCUGUGCUGUUGAGGACGUUCCUAGCGAUGGUCGCGACAAACGAGACGAUUGCCAGAAAGGCUGCUGCUCAUCGCCAUCCGCUUCUGACACCAUACGACAUGCAUCUACCCAGUCAGCUGUUAAAGACUGCCAAGCUACUCCGAAAGAAGAUGUUCGGGAAGAUUGCAAGAAGGGCUGCCGCUCGUCUUUCUCCCCUUGCAUCGAGGCGGAGGAGGCAAAACCCCCAAGCUGUUGCGAGGGCAAGACGUUCCCGUGCUGCGACUCAACCUGCAUUGACCGCCUCGCUCUUCGCGAAUGCGCCAGCAAGAUGGCCUCGUCAACUCCCCGACGCUCGCCCACAGCAUCUGCUGGCGACGAUGGUUCUUGCACGGGCGGCGAAGGCGGAAUUCCGUGUCGUAGCCACGCACGCACAGUCCGUCAAACAUAUCAGGCUAAGCUCGAGGCAUUGGGUUGCAUCUGCCGGGCUCUGCUUGCCCUUGGGCAAGAAACAUGCUGUGCUCCUCGCGAACGACCCGCCCAGAAGCACCUAGGCCCUUCGAUCAAACGGACUGCUUCUCGUACCUCUGCCAGCUCACGCUGCGCCGGGACAGCGGCGACUACUGCCUGCGGUUCUAAUGCACGUACCGGAGCUAAGAAAGGUUCCCGUUCCGUAAGCAAUACAGCCACGGGCGAUGGUUGCAUCGAUGGAUGCUGCGCCCAACCGAAAGUUUCAAGCAUCGCGGCACCCUGCGCUGAUUCUUGUUGUGAGGCCAAUAAUUCGGAAGACGCUGUAACGAAGACCUUUGAGUAUGUAGCCAACGAUGCGAUUGUUGACGUUGAAUAUGGACUAUCUGGAGCUGAGCAUGUCAUUCUCAGCGUUUCCGGCAUGACUUGCACUGGCUGUGAAACCAAACUGAGACGAACGCUCGCCACUGUCAACGCCGUCAAAAACCUCAAGACUAGCUUGGUACUGGCCCGCGCCGAAUUUGACUUGGACAUGCGAACUGGUUCGGUGGCCGAGAUCAUCAAACACCUUGAGCGGACAACCGAGUUCAGGUGCGAAAAAGUAAGCAGCCAAGGUGCCAACAUCGAUAUUCUCACACCCGGCAAUCCUCAGGAUUUUAUCAACCAGCCGUGGCCGGAGGGUGUCAAAGACAUCCGCGUAGUAGACAAGACAAGUGUCCAUGUCGAAUUUGACGCUGAGAUCAUCGGGGCCCGCGACCUACUUGACAAGGGAUGGGACACGCCCGUCAGGCUGGCGCCGCUCCGCGCCGACCCCACGUUGGAAGCCGGGAGUAAUCAUGUCCGCAACAUGGGACUCACUACCUUGCUUUCGACUGCUCUGACCAUCCCUGUCCUCGUCAUGGCUUGGGCCUCUCUUCCUGAGAGGGAUAUUGCCUACGGCUCCGCGUCUCUGGCACUGGCGACUAUCGUACAGGUGGUCGUGGCCGGUCCAUUCUACCCGACGGCCCUGAAGAGUUUGGUCUUCUCGAAGGUCAUCGAGAUGGACCUGCUGAUUGUUUUGAGCACAAGCGCUGCGUACGUAUUUUCUGUCGUAUCCUUCGGCUUCCUCGUCUCUCACAGCCCUCUCUCGACUGGAGAGUUUUUCGAGACAAGCACACUGCUUGUCACGCUCAUCAUGGUUGGUCGAUACGUCAGCGCCCUGGCACGCCAAAAGGCCGUGGAAUCCAUCUCGAUUCGGUCGCUGCAAGCCUCUACGGCGUUGCUUAUUGACCAGUCUGGCAACGAGGAAGAAAUCGACGCACGCCUCCUCCAAUACGGAGACAUUUUCAAGGUUUUGCCAGACUGUAGAGUUCCGACUGACGGGACGGUGAUCUCUGGCUCCUCAGAGCUUGACGAGUCCAUGAUGACCGGAGAGUCGAAGACAGUCGAGAAACAUGUUGGUUCUUCGCUGAUCGCCGGGUCGGUUAACGGCUUCGGCACUCUCACUGUUCGUCUUACCCGCCUCCCGGGCGAAAAUACCAUCAGCAAUAUCGCCUGUAUGGUCGACGAGGCCAAGCUCUCCAAGCCCAAGAUUCAAGACAUCGCCGAUCGAGUAGCGUCAUACUUCGUACCAGUGGUUGUGGCCAUAACGGCCAUAACCUUUUCAACCUGGAUCGCCGUUGGCAUUGCUGUCCGCAAACAGUCCAGCUCCGAGGCGACAAUCCAGGCCGUUACUUACGCCAUCACCGUUCUAAUCGUAUCCUGUCCAUGUGCUAUCGGACUGGCUGUUCCAAUGGUUAUUGUAAUUGCGAGUGGUGUUGCCGCGGAGAGAGGUGUGAUUUUCAAGUCUGCUGACAGCAUCGAGAUCGCUUAUAAGACCUCACAUGUCGUCUUUGACAAGACUGGAACCAUCACCAACGGCAAAUUGACCAUUGCGGAAGAGCACUACAUCACUGAUGAUGCAGAGUCAACCAAGUCCUUGAUUCUCGGCCUUGUUGGUAGCAUCAAGCACCCCGUGUCUGCCGCUGUCGCGGCGCAUCUCAGAGCCAGCGGUGUAUUGGCCUCCGCGGUACCGGACCCCAAGACCAUGACUGGGAAAGGCGUUGAGGCUAUUGCUUCUGGACGUCGAAUUCAGGCAGGUAAUUCGCGAUGGCUCGGGUUCUCCACAGAUCCGAAAGUAGAGCCCAUUCUCUCCAGGGGCUGCACAGCAUUCUGUUUCGCCAUCGACGGCUUCUUAGCGGCGGUGUUUGGCCUUGAGGAUUCCAUUCGACCUGAUGCCUUGGAAACCAUCACAGUGCUGCAGAACUCGGGGAUUGCGGUCCAUGUGCUCUCUGGGGACGACGAUGGCGCCGUUCGGGCAGCUGCUACUCAACUGGGCAUUCCUGACACCAACGUCCGCUCUCGUUGCACCCCGGGGGACAAACAAGCCUACAUCCGGACGCUGCUGUGUCCUUCCGUUGAAACCAACCCCCACAGGUUUCCGAAGAGAAAUUUGAGAGAACCAGUCGUCAUCUUCUGUGGUGAUGGUAGCAACGAUGCAGUUGCACUGGCUCAGGCUACGAUUGGCGUGCACAUGAACGAGGGCACCGACGUUGCAAAGUCCGCCGCAGAUGUGGUUCUCAUGAGGCCCAACCUGGCCGGCAUCCUCACCAUCAUCAACAUCAGCAAGAGGGCCAUUCACAGGAUCGCCUUCAACUUUGGCUGGAGCUUCGUCUACAACCUGUCUGCUAUCCUCCUUGGGGCCGGGGCGUUCGUCAACGCAAGAAUCCCGCCCGAGUUUGCUGGCCUGGGUGAACUGGCGAGUGUGCUGCCCGUAAUUGCGGCAGCCGUUCUCCUACGCUGGAGCAAGGUUUAG